GAGGAACAUCAUGUGCAUUUUCAAACUUGUCUACGGAGUUGGUCUGAGAGCGCUUCGCAUGUUGUUCAUGGAUAUCAAUCCCUCGUGGACCAAUAAACCAUCAGAUGCUUCCGGGAUCGAUAGAAGGAAGAUGAAACUCACCAAAGAGGAAGAAGAUAGCUUCAAUAAAGGAGACAUUAAUGAAUGGGACUUUUCAUUAAUGACAAAAGUACUUCUCAACUCCAGGAGCUGUGUAUUGGAAAUAAACAAAACACCUGACUUCACCCGUGCUUUGCAGGAAUUGAGAAUUGCCCGAAACAGGUUGCUCGGACAUCCUUCUACAGAGUCGAUGUCUGAUGACGAUUUCAAAACUUUAUGGCCUCAUUUAUCAAGUAACUUUGUCGUUCUUGGUGCUAAUGAAAGUGAUAUUGCAGACAUAAUUCACCAGUCAGAUGAGGUUCUUUACUCUGGAGAGUACUACAAGCAGCGGUUCUUGGCAGAACACGCCUGGUUCGUUAAUCACAAGAAGAAGCUGGAUACAAUGGACGCCAAACUUGGAGAGAUGGGCGAAAAACUUGAUAUAAUAAUUGCAAACCAUGCAUCUAGCAGUCCGGCUCAAACUCCUGUCAGUCCAAAAGAUCUAAGUUGUCCCAAUUGGGAUGAAUGGCUGAACUUCCGUGACAUGGUCGGAGAUUUCCAAUCUCACCAAAACCAAUACAUUCUUGUGACGGACUCCCUUCCUUCUGAGGAUCUCGAGCACUUUUCAAGUUUGAGAGGUGUUACUUGGAAGAUGGUUUUGGACUUUGAUCCCAUGUCUGAAGAGAAAGGAUUCUAUCAUGAAUUUAUGUCAAAGGAAGGGCAAAGCAACUUGGUCACCAUGAUUACUCCAGCAGAGCUGAGGAAAAGCUCCAUGGGAAGUCUGCUUCGUCAACUGGAUCCUCAGAAAACGCAAUGGCUUUUCGUGAAUGGAAGGCAAAGUGACGCAGAGGGAAGUGCGCAGUUGUUUCCGGAUUGGGAGGCUACUUCAGUAAAACACAUCACUAGGCUGUUUGGAUGUUAUUCUGACCCUGACAAGUUUGACAAGCAAAAGCCUAUCGUGUGCGUUAUCCUUCCAUUUCGCGAAAAGAGUCUAUCCUUCUUAGAGGUAACGUUGAGUCGUCUCAUAGAAAACUUUGACGAAUUCAAGAUACAAUUUGUGUCGUUUAAGCACAAGUUCUGUCACCUCAUUUCACGAAAGUUUGAGGUGCGACAUUUUGACUUAAGCCCAGAACGUGUUAGUCAGGGACUGUCAGAAAUUCUCGGCGCUACAUCAACACAAGAGUAUCGCAUGCCUUCUUCGCAAGCUGGCCUUCCUGCAAAACUCACUCAGAAUGAGUUCCUGUACCUCAAAGAACACCUACAAAUCCUUUAUGAAGGAUGUGAAGAUCUCCCAGAAUUCUCACAUGAUGAAGCAGAAGUGCAAAAUUUUUUCGAAGAACAUAGAAAGUCCUUCAUUUCAGGAAAUCCUAUCUCACUCGUAAGUCUUUACGACAAUCACGACGCACGAAGAGAAAUUGAGAUAGUUAUUCGAAGCCAUGUUCAACGUCUCCUCGACCAGGGUUUGACACGAUCCGUGAUUGUAGAAAUUAGACACUCACCUGGAACAGGUGGUUCCACUAUAGCUCGUCGUGUUGUGUGGGACCUUCACAAAACCCACCCCUGUGCAAUUCUGGAAAUAACGAGUUCUCGUUAUUAUUUCGAUGACGACAACACACUAUCCACCAAAUUUGCUGACCGAAUUUCAGCAUUAGAGGAACUUUGCCAUACAUCACCUUUGAUCCUAAUCGACGGGAAACACUCUGGAUUGAUUGAAGCUCUCUCAAAUAAACUCGUACGAAUGCUCUGCAACAAAGGUAAACGAGCCUUGCUAUUACGCUGUAAACAUGGUUCAAAGUCAACCAAGAGGGUAGCCCAGGAGUCUUCUCAUGUUCACCAUGUAUUUGAUGUGAAUGUUAAGCUUGAGGAUUCGCUUGCUGAUCUAAACGAGUUUCAAUCCAAGUACAAAGAAUACAUCGCUCAGUCAUUGAGUGGGAGUCAAAGACAGAAGCUGUGUCGUGUCUUUCAUUUCCCUCUACUAGCCAUGAUGGAAGAGUUUCAACCCAAGCUAAAAGGGAUAAUUGAAGACACUCUCGACGAAAUGGGAGGCAUCCAACAGGAAAUGGCUACGGUCGUGGCUUUCUUGCAGAAAUACGCAAAUCAUGCAACACCAGCCUUUCUCCUGUAUGAGGCGUUCAAAGGGUACAUCCGCGUCACCGGCGAUAAGCCAAUCACCUAUAAGGACAUCAGACGUCUGUUUACAGAGCACUUGCUCAAUCUAAUGGUGCCUACAGACCCUCCCCGGCCUAACGGGAGAUUGAAAACACCAGAGAAAGCGCCACUCGAAAGUUACACUCUUCAACAUCCGCUGGUCGCAGAUUUGGUUCUGAAAAAGGUUUUACAGGUCCAAGAGUGUGAUCUCUUCGGAAUAGUGAACAAGUUCCUUCAGUUACCUAUUUACCAGCACGAAUGCUUCUUGCCCCUCUUUGAAGAACUGUUUCUUCACAACAAGUAUGGGCGAAAAAUCAAGUUUUCAAUAUUGUUUGAAGAGCUCAAACGUAUAGAUUCAGAGCACGCGGCAAGAAUCUUCUGUGAGGCUGCUAUGAAGACAAAUGAUGCUGCUGUAUAUGCUAACGCAGCAAGAUUUCUCGCUAAGAAGGAACCACCAUCGUUUUCGAAAGCAAAGGAUCUCAUUGAGAGUGCUUUCAAAGCCAACAACUCAAAAGUACGACUGCGUAGCUUGUAUCACACCAAGGGCGUCGUUCUCUUUCAUGAAAUGAAGCGUGAGGUUAAUUCUAGCCGAGUAAAAGAUCUCAAGGAGCUCGAACGUUUAGCUAGUGAGGUACUCAGAGCCUACCACGAGGCACGAAACUUUCCACCAACUUAUCCCCAUCCUCUAAUUGGUGAAGUUGAAGUUUGGCUGGCAUGCAUCCAAUGGAUCAUGAAAAAUCUGUGCAAUCGCGACUCCGAAAAAACCUUGAAGUUUCUUACCAACCAAUCACCGCCUUUCUUCCGAACCUGUGUUAGUGACUCGUUCAAUUUGCUGGACAUAGUAGAUGGAAUCUGCCAGAGUGUCCCUAAUCUUACAGAUGCCGAAGAAACUCAGCGACUUAGCAACAGUGCUCGGUUGUCCCUAAUUUCAAACUUCAAAAGAGGACUUUCAGUAUCCGGGCGACAGCGGAAUGGAGAUGAUUUAAUUGGAGCUUGCAAAGCAUUAUGUAGUACUCCUAACUUCCCAAGGUCUUCUCAAGUAGAGCUCAAGAAGCUUCAAGCCCACUUUCUUCUGAGUGGCGAUGAUCCAAUUGACACAUUACACCGCGAGAUCCUCGAGUACUUGUUGAAACUUCUGGAAGAUCUAGUGCUGGUGGAGAACGACUAUAGGCUCGCAUACCAUCUGAUGAAGGUUUGUGUCUUGGUGACUGGGAAAAGAUGUUACAGUCUUGAACAAGGUCUUAAUGUUAGCGAGAAAUGGUGCGAUGCUUCUCCGCACGACUGCCUCCCUUAUUUUUACCAGAUGACCAUCUACUUCUUAGAGAUACUCGAUGGUAACUCACUUGAAUUUACUCCAAAGUACACUAAAGCAUUAAGGAUGUGUCAAGAGAAGUCCCAGAAUCAUUUUCGAAGCACUCAGUCGACGUUGUUUGUUGGAAAAGGAGGACAAGGGAUGUCCCGUCUUAUCACUCGCAAUACGCUUCUGCGAGGAGAAACUGAUUACGUUACAGAUGACUCUGAUAAAGUAACAAAGUUUUGGCGGGUAGACAGUCGCAAAAAGUUGUUGGAAUGCAAGGGAAGGAUACGGGUGUCAGAGCAGUCAUCCGGUCGUCGGAAGAGCCAUCUUUAUAUUGAAUUGGUGCAAGGAAAUCUUCAGCUCUACGUCGGGAAAAACGCAGACAUCGGUAAAGUGGAAAGAGACUUUAACACGGGGACUUUGGUGUACUUUGUCGUUAGCUUCAAUCUCCAUGGCCCGGUUGCCAACGGGAUAACUUUCGAAACACAAGAACCAUCAAACAAUUGAUAGAACUGUGGAAAUCAAUAGACUGAAGGAGGCAAUUUUUGAAAACGCUGAUCAAAGAUAGUAGAACAGAUUAGAUAAGCUCCUUUAGAGCCAUAAAAGUCUCUUAACUUCUUACUACUUUUACGGCCUCAUGGUUUGGCAACGUUUUUGCCAUUGCAGUCUGUCUGCUUUUCAUUUUUUUCCUUGAUGCAAACUCAGAGACAGCUAUUGAACAUUGUCCGUUGAAGUUAGAGUUAAACAUCAAUCCAAAGGUGUCCCUUUCAUCCAUUUAAGUUUAUCAACUUGGUAUUAUGAGAAAAUUAUUACUUUAGAAAUAGCUUUGCUGUUCUGUGCUUGACACGACGACGAAAGUGGCGAGACACUCCGCCGAAGCCAUCACUGUGACUUUUUAAAGGUUACGUCAAAUUAGGACAAAACGGAGAACUGAUAACGACAUUGUGUCAAUUAAGCAAAUGAGGAUGUCUUUGUUGUUUAGGGAUAAGGUACAUGUUACACGAAACACAGGUUUAUACGUCUUUCUCCAGAUAGACGUUUAUCGGUCCAAACUAGACAGUGUUCGUAAAUACAGUGCAUCCAUAGUCCAAUAUGCAUAAACAUAAUUUGUUUCAAUUUUUUCAAAAGUUAUCUUUGUAUUAAUAUUGUCAACAAUCGUUGUUCCAAAGCACGUCUCUAGACCAGAAGAUGAUAUUUUCUUUUAGAUCUGGAAAGUAGCAGACGCUCUAUAAUUUUUACAGUUGUACUGUUUUCUUGAAUUUGAAAUAACUUCUUUUUCAUAUU